UUAAGAGUGGGUUGACGGCAUAAACGCAUAGGGAAAAAAAGCAGGGUUGAGUGGAUGACGUCUGCUCGAGCCGACGCAAGCAACGCUAGAAUAUGGUCAAUUGAGAAUAGAAGAAUAAAAACAAAAUUAGCGACCCAUGUUAAGUUUUCAUAAGGAAUUGGAGAGUUUUAACGACAGAGGCAGCCAAACACGCCUCGCCAGGGAGCAAUGCCGUGAGAGAGAGAGAGAGGAGCAGAGAUCUACAGGCAGUUUCCAGAAACAGACCCCUGGGUGUGUGUUGUCGUGUGUGGUUUUCCAUGGACGGGGAUGUACGGGACCAUGUGACCAGCUGACCUUUCCACACAACAUCGCAGCACCAUGAUGGACUCCUAGCCAGAGCUGUGCCUCGCCACGGACUGGGGCCUGCCGCCAACCAGUCCGUGGGUGACCUCUGACCUUCCCCCCCAUACACAACCAACGACCACUAGACCUCGUCUCUACUGUCCCCGAGAGUAGGCUUGUCCCCAGAUAGAGGCCGAGGGUCGACAGACAGAAGGACACCUGCGCUCUGUCUUCAGAUAGCAACCCAACAGCUAGCAGAAGCUGGGCAGUAGCAUGCAGUCUGAGGAGGGCACAGAAUGGCUCCUGGAGCUGCUGAUGGAGGUGCAGCUGCAGCAGUACCUUUUGCGUAUCCGUGACGACCUUAACGUGACGCUCAUCUCCCACUUCGACUACGUCAAAAACGAGGACCUGGAGAAGAUCGGCAUGGGGCGGCCCGGGCAGAGACGGCUGUGGGAGGCGGUCAAGAGGAGGAAAGCCAUGUCCAAGCGCAAGUCCUGGAUGAGCAAGGUGUUCAGCGGGAAGCGGCCGGACGGUGGGGACUUCCAGCAGGCGGCCCCCACCUCCUCCUUCCGCAAGCUGUCCCCUACGCCGCCCCCCCAGCAGCAGACACUCAGCUGUCUGAUCAGUGAGAAGGAUCUGGUCCUCUUCCAGAAGCUGGGCGAAGGCUCCUUCGGCGUGGUCAAAAGGGGCGAGUGGUUCAUGCCCGCUGGGAAAGUGUUGGAGGUAGCAGUAAAGUGUUUAAAGACAGACGUUCUGAGUCAGCCGGACGCUCUGGACGAUUUCAUCUGCGAGGUGAAUGCCAUGCACUCCCUGGAUCACCAGAACCUCAUCAGGCUGUACGGGGUGGUGCUCACACGCCCCAUGAAGAUGGUGACUGAACUAGCCCCGCUGGGCUCGCUGCUGGACCAUCUGCGCUGCGUUCCGACGCAGGGCCCCGUCCUCAUCCACACGCUGUGCCAGUACGCCGUGCAGGUGGCGUGUGGCAUGGCCUACCUGGAGCAGCGACGCUUCAUCCACCGCGACCUGGCCGCCCGCAACAUCCUGCUGGCGUCGGCCGAGACGGUGAAGAUCGGCGACUUCGGCCUGAUGCGAGCGCUACCCAACAACCACGAGCACUACGUGAUGCAGGAGCACCGCAAGGUGCCGUUCGCCUGGUGCGCCCCUGAGAGCCUGAAGACACGGACCUUCUCCCACGCUACAGACACCUGGAUGUUCGGGGUGACGCUGUGGGAGAUGUGUACCCAUGGACAGGAGCCCUGGCUGGGUCUCAACGGCAGCCAGAUCUUACACAAGAUAGACAAGGAGGGUGAGCGUCUGCCCAAGCCAGAGGACUGUCCCCAGGACCUGUACAACGUCAUGCUGCAGUGCUGGGCCCAGAAACCUGACGACAGGCCCACAUUCCUCGCCCUCAGGGAGUUCCUGCUCGAGACCAUGCCAACAGACAUGUGUGCGCUGCAGGACUUUGAAGAGGCUGACAAGCUUCAGAUUCAGGUUGACGACGUCAUCACCAUCAUCGAGGGCAGAGCGGAGAACUACUGGUGGCGGGGCCAGAACAAACGCACGCUGAAGGUGGGCCAGUUCCCCAGGAACGUGGUGACCUCCGUUGCGGGCCUGUCGGCCCACGACAUCAGCAGGCCCCUUGAACACAGCUUCAUCCACACUGGCCACGGAGACUCCGACCCACACCGCUGCUGGGGCUUCCCAGACCGCAUUGACGAUCUGUACUUAGGAAACCCCAUGGACCCACCAGAUGUCUUGGGGUUGGACCUCAAUGCUGCCCGGCCCACUCAGCUACUGGGACGAGCAAAAAAGCCAUGCUACGACUCAGUGACUGAGGACGAGGAGCUGACCGCCUCAGGCCUCAAGAGGCUGUCGCUACGGAAAGCAAGUUCCAUCCUCAAGCUCAAACCCGCCGCCUGGGUCUCCGCCUCCAAACAGGGGGAACGGACUACGGGUUCAGGCCACACCCCCAGCAAGGUGUCGCUCAUCGACUUUGAGCAGGAGUUUCCCCCGGCCACACCCUCUCCCUCCCCAGUGGCAGAGCUACAGUUGCCCUCAUUGGUCAAGCUGGCCUUGGAGGCGGAGUCUAUUCUGGACAGGACUCCUCCUCAGAGCCCAUGGUGCUCGUUGCCUUGCCCUUUACACCCCACGCCAGUGGUGGACUGGGACGCCCGCCCCUUACCUCCACCUCCUGCGUACGAUGACGUGGCGCAGGACGAGGAGGACAUGGAGGUGAGCUCCAUCAACAGCUUGGAGCAGCGACAGCAGGGGGGGAUGGGUGAGAGCCACAGCCCCACGGAGGCCAUCCCGGCUGGGGAGGAGGGGAAACCCCUGGGGGACAACCUCUUCUUACCCUCCCAGCAGGACCAGGCCUACACAUCCUUCUCCCAGUCAGCGGAGAUCUUUCAGGAGCUCCAGCAGGAGUGCAUGAGGAGGCUCAAUGUGCCCACAGGAGGAGUUCCACAGUCCCCCUCUCCGUCACCGAGCUCAGGCCUCCAGUCCAUAGACGUGCACCGCCAUAUCGUCCUGUCCUUCUCCGAGGACAAGCCCCAGAUCCCUCCCCGCAUUCCCAUCCCGCCUCGCCCCGUCAAACGAGGGGACUACACCCGCUGGUCCGGUGACCUCUCCCUGUCCCCGACUCCAGCUUCAGAGGAAGUCCAGGACCGGCCCCCUCAGAUCCCCCCACGGAACCCCCUGUCCCAGCCAGGCUCACGCACCCCCAGUCCCAUGGGGCUCCAGGUGGGCUCCCCCCAGCAGAGGACAAUGGUUUGCCCCAGCGCCCCUCCUCCGGCCACAUACGGAUCCUACCUCUCCACGUCCCCGGGGAUGAUCAUGCCCACUACGCACAGCUUUGCCUCGGACCCAAAAUACGCCGCGCUCAAGGACAUCCAAGCACAAGCCCAGGGUAAGGACCUGGCCAAGGGGCCAUGCAUCCUGCCCAUUGUCCGCGACGGCCGCAAAGUCAGCAACACGCAUUACUACCUCCUGCCCGAGAGGCCGCCUUACCUGGACCGCUACGACCGCUUCUUCAGGGAAGCAGGAAACGCGCCGACCGGUGGCGGCGGUGGGAUCUGUGAGGAGAGGCAGCAGGCCAACACGGCCACGGUCAGGCCCAUGGUGGUGAACCAGCAGCAGCAGAGCAAAGGAGGAGAUAUCAAGGCCAACUUCUCCAACAACAGCAGUCUGGGCUGCCGGCCGGGCAUGAAGGCCUCCCUCAGCCUGCCUAGGGUCAGCUCUGAGGGGUCAGCCAGCAGGGCAGCGGGUGGAAUCACAACAGACCAGGUCAAGAUGGUGCAGGAGGCGGUACAUGGCGUGACUGUAGAGGAGUGUCAGACAGCCCUCCAGGACCACAACUGGAACGUGCAGAAAGCUGUGCACUACCUCAAGGUUGAGCAGCUGUUCUGUCUUGGCCUGAAGACCAGGCUGGAAUGUCUCAAGAUGCUGGAGAUGUACAACUGGAACCUGGAAGUGGCCAGCACUCAGCUCCUGGACUCCUACAGCUCUGUCACGCAAAGGCGGUGACCGAUGCUCGGAGCAACAGCAGAAGUUUUUUUAUUUGUCAUCUGUCUUUGAGGGGAUGGAGUCUGCUACCAUCCCUCUUUUAUGACUUGCCAGACACGCCCCUUAAGAAGACGUGGAUUUGACUAUGGCCCUGGGGUAUAUUUGACUGUGUGAUGGGCCAUGGCUGCAGUCUUGCCUACUGUACACUGAGACCUGGAUAGGUGGUUUCCAUGUGGUUGAUACCAUUCCAUUGUCACCAUUCCAGACAUUAUUACGAGCCGUCCUCCCCUGAGCAGCCUCCACUGAGGACCAGGGGGUUAGCCUCCACACUGAGGCCCAGGGGGCUAGCCUCCACACUGAGGACCAGGGGGCUAGCCUCCACACUGAGAACCAUGGGGUUAGCCUCCACUGAGGACCAGGGGGUUAGCCUCCACUGAGGCCCAGGGGACUAGCCUCUACAAUUACUCUGGGGGCUAUCCUCCACACUGAGCCCCAGAAGGCUAGUCUCCACACUGAGGACCAGGAGGCUAGCCUCUGAGGAGCAGGAGGCUAGCCUCCACACUGAGGACCAGGGGGCUAGCCUCCACACUGAGGACCAGGAGGCUAGCCUCCACACUGAGGACCAGGAGGCUAGCCUCCACUGAGGACCUAGAGGCUAGCCUCCACUGAGGACCCAGAGGCUAGCCUCCACUGAGGACCUAGAGGCUAGCCUCCACACUGAGGACCAGGAGGCUAGCCUCCACACUGAGGACCAGGAGGCUAGCCUCCACACUGAGGACCAGGAGACUAGCCUCCACACUGAGGACCAGGAGGCUAGCCUCCACACUGAGGACCAGGAGUCUAGCAUCCCGUUCUACCACUGAAUAUGAGUAGAAGUCGACUUAGAAUACUGGUAGUGGAACCAUACUCUUAAAGGGACCAUGGUGUCUGCUGGUUCCUACCCUAUACCCAACACUGAAGGAAAAACAUCCUCUUUUUCACUGCUGGUCUCCCCGAUUCAGUUAUAUCACUGCCAAAAUACACCAUUGACCAACUAGGCUGACCUCUUUUGUGUUAUUACUGACAUAUGACUCAGGGGAGCACUCCCCUACUGUAUGUGAGCUUUGCUAAGCUCCUCGGAUUGGACAGGGACUUGUUUUAGGGAGGUCAGCAUCUUUCUGCUGCGCCGCCCGCCCUCCCAGGCUCUACUGUGUUUUAGCAGAGGACAAAGUUCACAAAGCCCAUAGAGAGAACGAAUACAAGAGAGGGGAAGGAGAACGAAUACAAGAGAGGGGAAGGAGAACGAAUACAAGAGAGGGGAAUGAGAACGAAUACAAGAGAGGGGAAGGAGAACAAAUACAAGAGAGGGGAAGGAGAACGAAUACAAGAGAGGGGAAGGAGAACGAAUACAAGAGAGGGGAAGGAGAACGAAUACAAGAGAGGGGAAGGAGAACGAAUACAAGAGAGGGGAAGGAGAACGAAUACAAGAGAGGGGAAGGAGAACGAAUACAAGAGAGGGGAAGGAGAACGAAUACAAGAGAGGGGAAGGAGAACGAAUACAAGAGAGGGGAAGGAGAACGAAUACAAGAGAGGGGAAGGAGAACGAAUACAAGAGAGGGGAAGGAGAACGAAUACAAGACAGGGGAAUGAGAACGAAUACAAGAGAGGGGAAGGAGAACGAAUACAAGAGAGGGGAAGGAGAACGAAUACAAGAGAGGGGAAGGAGAACGAAUACAAGAGAGGGGAAGGAGAACGAAUACAAGAGAGGGGAAGGAGAACGAAUACAAGAGAGGGGAAGGAGAAAAAAAUGCAGCUGGUCUACUUUUAAGUCGACUCCUUUUUUUAUGUUCUAUUUUAGAGAUUUCUACUUGAUUUAUAUUAAGGAGAGGAGUUAACAGAUUUUUUUAAUGCACACAAACAGUUACAUACAUGAAUAGUUCAGUUUAUAUAUUUGCAGCGAAUAUGUGCUAGAAGUUGGUAUUUUUAGUUUUUAGUGCUCUGUUUUUAAUAUAUUUUGGGUUUUGAACCGGUUGUUUGAAAAGGGGGACAUAUUGAAAACAUUCAAUUCUUGAGAUAUAAAAAAAAUAUAUAUAUUUUGUCAGUUAUUAAAGCCAUGUAUGUUAUGCUUUACCUGAAUCGAGUUCACUUAUGUUUGUCAGUGACAUCAACUGGACGUUAGUCUCAGACAAUAAAGUGUAUAACCUAGAGCAAACUGUAUAGUGAUAUGUGAUAGUUUUCGAUUUAUUUUCUAUACUGUCUUAUCCUGAUGCACGCUGUCUGCUUUUCCGUGUGUUAUAAUUCAAAUGACGUUUUUUGGUGAACUGAGCAUUAAUAUACUGGACACUGAACAUUAAUAUACUGGACACUGAACAUUAAUAUAAAACGCAACAUGUAAAGUGUUAGUAACGUGAGCUGAAAUAAUAGAUCACAGAAAUGUUCCAUACGCACAAAAAGUUUACUUCUCUACCAUAAGCCGCCUCCAACAUUGUUUUGGAGAAUUUGGCAGUACGUCCAACCGGCCUCCCAACCGCAGACCAUGUGAAUGGCGUGGUGUGGGCGAGCGGUUUGUUGACGUCAACGUUGUGAACAAAGUGCCCCAUGGUGGUGGUGGGGUUAUGGUAUGGGAAGGCAUGAGUUACAGACAAUGAACACAAUUGCAUUUUAUUGAUGGUGAUUUGAAUGCACAGAAAUACCGUAACGAGAUCCCGAGGCUCAUUGUAAGGCCCAUAUUUUAUUUUAAGGUAUCUGUGACCAACAGAUGCAUAUCUGUAUUCUCAGUCAUGUGAAGUCCAUAGAUUAGGGCCUAAUGAAUUUAUUUCAAUUGACUGAUUUCCUCAUAUGAACUGUAAACUAACCAAAAUCUUUGAAAUUGUUGUAUUUUAUACUUUUGUUCACUAUAUAAUCAUAAUAUAUGCCAUUUAAGUAGACACUUUUAUCCAAAGCAACUUACAGUAUGUAUGGGUGAUCCAGGAAAUCGAACCCACUAUCCUGCUGCUGCAAAUGCCAUGUUCUACCAACUGAGCUACAUCAGACCAAAAUAAACCCAAUAACCUUUUAUA